AUGUCAGCUUGUUCAAUAUUGUUGAGCGGAUUUGGGCAGGGGAAAGCGUUACAGAUAUGGUUCGCCAAUGCCUCGCGGCAUUGUUGGCGGAGCCGAGUGCGCUUUUCAUUACUGUCUCGGGCCAUUGGACUUUUCCCGAACACUGAUGCGAAUUGUGUUCAUUCGCGGUCGUCUAUCAGGAACAUAUCGUAUCCAUUUCGCUCCUUUAACCCAGCAUGGCCAAGGUCACCUCACCCUAUGUGCAAGUGA